UCACUGCUUGACGUUCAAGUUUUAAUGUGUUGUGGAAAAGAAUAACAGGCUGUGUGCUGCACCCGAACCGCAAAGUAUGAAGCCACCAUGGACAAGGAGAAUAUUUGCAAUACUGUUGAUCGUGUCAAAUGCCCUGUUCUGUAACGUAGACGCUUCAAACCAGGCUACUCCUGUUCGACUUGUGGGGGGUACUUCAAAGUAUGCAGGUCGCUUGGAGGUGAACCAUGACGGCGUGUGGGGGACAGUGUGUGAUUACAACUAUGCUAACAAUUACAUCGCUGAUGUCGUCUGUAAACAGCUAGGUUCCACUAGCGAUGUGAGGCACAUCAAGCCAUAUGCAUAUUUCGGAGCCGGCACGGGACCGAUUUGGAUGAACAAUGUUAGAUGCACAGGGACCGAGAUCUCCUUAGACAAAUGUGUAUUCAAUGGCUGGGGCAACCACAACUGUGACCAUCACUAUGACCUAUCUGUUAUCUGCACAGGUUAUGUUUCCCUUGUGUCGCCGAAUUCUGGCAGUUUACAAGGAGGAACAACACUCACCAUUGAAGGAGUAGGAUUUUCCCGUAACAACUUCAACCACUUUCCCGGAACGGAACACCUUGGUAACAAGGUGUAUCUAGUGAAUGAUCAUUUCCUCUUUUCGUGUGACGUAAUCGUUCAAAAAACAUCGACAUCCAAAAUAAUCUGCCUUACACCCGGUAUGCCACAGGACUACUACAAAUACUACAACAACUACAACUACAACUACUACUACUACUACUACUUCACUGUCCAGGUUACUGUGGAUGGAGUUGAUAUACCUUCAUUAUGCGGUUACUACCAUAACAAUUGUUACUUCCAGCCAAAUUUGUAUUCUACACCAACCAUCGAAGAGAUCAUCCCCUCAACAGGACCGCCUGGAACAUUACUGACCCUGAAAGGACUGAUAUUCACCUCUAAAUAUGGUUUAAAUGCCAGCACAAAUGGGCGAGAAGAGGAAAUUGCAAGAGUAAUGGCAGGUGGUGAUAUGUGUGAUUUGAAGUCUCCAGAUGGACAAACCUAUGGGAUCGCAUUGGAAAACAACGGAGAAAGUGACCAUGGUUUCAUGGCCUGCAGGUUGAGUGAACAGGGAUCAAAAAUAGGAAAUUUCAAUGUCAGCUUCACUUUAUCCGUUCAAGGGAGGUCGAGGGCCAAUUUGGAUCUCUACACAGUUUCCCGUAAUGGGCAAAUUUUCAUGUUCCAGAGUUAUGCGGAAAUUGAUAACAUUUCUCCGUCAUCCGGUAGUACUGAAGGCGGAACAUUGUUAACUAUAAAGGGGAUGUUUUCUGACGGGACUCUAUCGAACGCUGUUGUCAAAGUUCAAGGUACGGAAUGUCACGUGAUACAUGUCAAUGAAACCACUGUUAUCUGUCGGACGAGCCGGAUACCAAACGCAGUAAUGAAGCUGUAUCCUGGAAACAGAGGCAUCAUCGUUGAGUCCUGGAACGAAACAUUGGCUGAUAUGGAUAAUCUCGAAAUAAUAGAGUCUCUGAACGAGAGUUUUCCUGAUUAUCAAGUAAUGUUCGCUGAUGCAACACAAAUCCCUGGAAUAGGGAUUUCAAACAAAUAUGUCAACAGAAUGAAAGGAUUUUUCAUGCCCCCUUUUGAUGGUGAAUACCAGUUAGUCCUAAACUCAACUGAGGGAGCCCAGCUAUACUUAAGUACAGAUGAAGAAAAUUUGCAAUUAAUUACAAGUAAAGAUGUGAAAGGAACCUACACAACCAGUAAAAUGUUACUGUAUUCAAAUCAAAGCUACUACAUGGAGGUGUUUUACAGACAGAGCAAUAGUUCAAUGGCAGUGAAUGUAGCAGUUCGAUAUUUAGAUAGCAUAGUUAACCAUUAUAUGGCUGGGAACGUGCAGCAGGAAGAACAAGAAAUACGACUCAGUUCUACUAUUCAAAAGGAGCAACAGACCAUAACAAUUCCUAAUAUCAGCAACCAAACGACCAUCUAUGAAGAACAAGUAAUUAUCGUGGAAGAUUCGGACAAAAGUCCGACAUAUGGAAGGUUUCGUCUCGGGAUGUACUCUGUGUAUACAGAGAGCAUCUCAGUCGGAGUAUCGGCCAUCGGUAUGAUGAAUGCAUUACAGGCUCUUCCGGUAUUUGAUAAAUCCGAAACCGUGACUGUCAACAGGACUGUGCAUGGUCAAGGCUUCAAGUACACAAUCACCUUUGUAUCGGAGAGAGGUAAUUUUCCUUUAAUCGAGUGGACGAAAUUGUCGGGUACCUUUUCACUGAAGAUAAACACAACAAAAGAUGGCACACCUAGUGGCAGAAAAGUUGGACUGAUGAUGGCAGGUAUACCUGCACCACUUAUUGACAGCGAUGCAUCACAAAUACAGAUUUCAGAUAUCAUUGAGAAGCUCUUUAUUCCUCGAUGUCCAACUUAUUGGACCAAUCCAAAACGAAUAGCCAUCCAUCACAAUAUGGAGGAUAAUGCAUCUUUGCCGCUGUUUAUGAGAGGGUACCGAACAAAUCAGUAUCAGGCAUUUUGUGGAAACUGGAUAUUACGUAAUCCGUACUCGCUCUACGAUAGUGCAUAUUCAAAUAACCAGGGUAUUGAUCUUGCGAUAAAUCCAAUGUUCUGUGUAGCAGUUAAAGGAUUCUUUGAAUAUGUUUAUAUGUACUUUGACUAUACUGAAGUCGAUGGCAGAAGGAUAAGCGGUGGAGUCAAUAUCGACGAUAUGAUGAAACCGAUGGAUACGGAAAUGUGGAACUAUGGCUGCUACAAUUUACAAAACAGCAUAAAAGUGACAUUUCCCGACGCAACAAACAUAAUUCUGCGACAUUUGAACAUAUACUAUUUAGGAGAAGUUCUUAUAGAUGAAGUUUAUUUCGGACAGCAAGCUACAACAUCGGACACAGAGGAUGCAUAUAUGAGACGACUCAUCUGCUCUCCAAAUGGUUACAAAAUCACCGAUGUUCAUGUGACAAAGCACGAUAAUAGAUACAAUGUAACUCUAACACCCGUCGAUGGGGGACAUGGAUUUCCGUUAUUUACAGUCGAUAACACCCAGUUGCCGCCAGACACAAGCAUCUCUGUAGUAAGGACAGUGGAAGCAUCACCUCCUUUAUCAGGGACAUUUGAUUUGACACUGCGAGGGCAGACAAUAACAUCCAUACCAGUCGGGCUUGACAUUGAUGAUAUGGAGGCAAUCGUUCAGGAGUUUAAAGAUAUCGGUGUCAUUAAGACUACAAAUUAUCAUAACUAUGCGCAAGACAAACGUUGGCGAUUCAGCUUUGACACAUAUCCUGGAAAUGUGGAACAAAUUCAAAUGAAUGCUAGUUCUGUCUUUGGAAUCGACCCCAGGUCAAACGUUAGAACCAUAAGGGACGGAGAAUACAGGAUAGACCCUCUGUAUGGUGAGAUGCUGCAAACCGCCCACGAUAUACCACAGGUAAAUGUUAUGAUAAAUGAUGUUCCCUCCAAAUGUACCGGAAGUUGUACAUUUGAGUGGUUGCCAAGCAGUACACCUGUCAUUAACAACGCGUCUCGAGCUCAGGAACCACCAUUUACGACGAUAGAAAUUUCUGGCACAGGAUUUAGUGAAACUCCGGGUAACAAUAAUGUUACGAUAGCAGGGGUCGUGUGUAAUGUCACUAUGGCAACCAAUGCCUUGAUCACGUGUGACAUCGACAAAGUACCUAGCGGUGAACACACUGUCGCCGUAGAUGUACAGGGGAGCGGAUUAGCCAAGUAUGGAAACGGAAACGUCACAAUCUCCUUCAGCAUGCAAAUUGAUAAUAUCAACCCAACUAGGAGUGGAUUAGGAGGUUAUGUGGAGCUGUCCAUAACUGGAUUUGGAUUCAGUGAGAAUUCGUCUGUGACAGUGGGAGCUCAGACCUGCGAUAAACUGUUUGUGAACACAACCAAUGUUAUCUGUCUCAUACCACCAACGAAUGUUGCGGGAACGGUACCAGUCAAGGUGGAUCAGAUUGGAGAUCCAGUCGGACAGUUUGCGUACGAAGAAUCCAUUACACCCCGAGUGACGAGCAUAUCUCCAACUUCAACUGGUGUGUCAGGUGGAAAUGGACUCUUUAUAGCUGGCCAUGGAUUUGGAGCAGGUGAUCAUGUAACAUUACUGGUCGAUGAAACCAAAAUCGACAUCACAUUCUACAACAACAGCUACGCAACGGGAAAUUUACCGCCCUGCUCUCCGGGGUGUCAUCACAUUAAAUUUAUAGUUGGCGAUAACGGAGCCGCUUUAACACCCGAAAACGAACAACCAUCAAUCGUAUGUAAUCUAGAAGUGACCAGCGUCAAUCCAAUGUUCGGUUCUGUGUUCGGCGGUACACGUCUCACUUUAACAGGUGACGGAUUUACACCAAGUGUCAGAGUCAAGGUUGGAACAAAGAACUGUGAGGUGAUAACUUCGACUGAAAAUCGAAUAAUCUGUCAGAUAGAGAGAAUACGAACUGUUCAUAGGGUUAAUAAUCAUGGGAAUCAUCCUGAUUUUGGAAAGUACUACUACUGGAAUCCACAGCACGUAAAGAUCCUGGUAGGCGAUAUCGUACGCUGGGACUGGGACUUCCCAUUCUACAUUACAACAAUGAAACCAAAGAUUGAAGAGACGUUCAAUAUGACGGCCAAAUACGGAAAGCCGGGAGGGUUUUCGAGCGGAGGUUUUGGCACAGCUACGGGAUUUUAUUCCCAUGAAUUCAGUAAAGCAGGGACGUUUUAUUACUGGAGCGGCCUCGUUGAUGAGUACAGUACCACGUGGUUCCAUGGGUCUGUAGUAGUCGAAGAAAGAACAUCCUAUCUCGCUGACGUCACUGUAACACUGGGCGGUUUCGAGGCUAUCUAUAACCUAGCUAACACUACGACAAACUUAGACGCCAGGACGUGUUCUGAUACAACAACUUCCAGAGACAAUUGUUCUCAUCCUCUCCCAGUCAAUACCACGAAUAUCACAAAUUUUAAGUUCGCAUUCUGGAUAUGCGUAUCGCCGGUCGUCUACAAAAUCAGUCGUCAAAACGGUACCACGAAUGACAAGGUAUUAAUAUCAGGUGACGGGUUCUCCAGUUCCGGUUGCGCGAAUAACGUUUCAUUCGGAGACUAUAAAUGUAAGGUGUCAUCCAGUUCAGUAUCCUCUCUUAUAUGUAGCAUUGACCCUGAGAACAAACCACGAAUCGGUCGACCGCAAUUUCUUGACUUCCUGGUGGACAAUCUGGGUUAUGCUCAUGUGAACGAAGAUAAAGACAUUCUUAAAUCGUUUGCAUUGUUUCCGUUAGUAAAUCAAAUUUCCCCUGUGAAUGGAUCUCGGGGUGGCCAUACACGACUAACAAUAUCAGGUACCGGAUUUGGAGACGGAACCCUUAGCAACAUGACGGAAGUUAUCGUCGGUGGUUAUCCAUGUGAUAUAGUAUCGAGUUCGUACACGCAAAUCGUAUGUUUUACGCCGAGGUCCUCUGCUGGGCUGCGCGAGGUGUCCGUUACUAUCCUAACAGACGCAAAUUUGAGGAUUCCUGCUAGAUGUGAUACAUCGUGUUAUUUUAAGUAUGACGACGCAAUGUCUCCGAUUGUAACUAAUAUCAGCCCUACCUCCAUAACGGGUGAAAACAUAACCACAAUCGCAAUUGAUGGUACGGAAUUUGGAGACGAAAUACAAAAUGUCAAUGUGAUCAUGACGUCAUCAGAAACGCAUCCGUGUCUAGUUACAAACGUAUCAUUUUCACAGAUUGUUUGUACGUUAACCAAUUUACCAGUAGGUGAAAAUUUAGCUGUGGUAGAUAUUUUUGAGGAGGGAAGGGCACUUCAUCCAAAUCAGAAUGUUAUUGUUGAAAGCGUGGCAACGAUAUCAAACAUUUCGCCAGCAGAAGGGAGCAUAUACGGCGGAACUGAUGUCACGGUCACCGGUAAUGGCUUCCUGUCUGACGUAAGUAUGCAAAUCAAUGGAUCACCAUGUAGAGUGACAUAUAGAACACUGAGGUCCGUAGUUUUUACAACUGUAGCUCAUCCAAUUGGAAGUGAAGUGUUGGCUAUCUUGUCUAACGGGGUGGCAUACCCCUACCAAACUUUUAACUUCACUGAAGAUGCAUCUCCUAGAAUAAUUGCUAUACAUCCUUCGUCUGGAAUGAGUGGACAGAACAUCACCAUCACCGGCUUCCAUCUUGGAAAAAAGUUAAACCAAACGCGUGUUUUGAUAGGAGGCAAUAUAUGUACUUUAACUGCUGUCGAAGACACGGAAAUCAACUGUACUGUCGGGAAUCUGCGCGCGGGGACAUACACCUUGCACGUUAAUGUACAAGAUUUCGGAAAUUCUAAUACUGAUGUGACAUUUAAAAUCAACAUGUCAGCAAUGGCUAUUACUCCAAGCUCAGGUAGUUUAGCCGGAAGCCAAACAGUCACUAUACUCGGUACAGGAUUUGACGACGAAAUGGAGGUUACCAUCUGUGAUCGUAUCUGCAACAAGUCACUGUCACAUAAAACAGAGUCAACACAACAUGUAUGCGAUACGCCACCCUCAUCAGGAUCUUCACUUAUGAACUGUAAUGUUCAUGUAACUGUCAACAAAGUGACUGAAACACUGACGGAUGUUUACACCUACGAUCCAGCGCUGACGCCAGUCAUUGAUGACGUCAUACCUAAACGUGGAGGCACCCAAGGUGGAACCCGAAUUACAAUAUCCGGGUUCAAUUUCGGAUCAACACAAGAAAAAAUUGAGGAUUGCGAGUCUUCAGUGACGAUCGCUGGAACUUUGUGUAACAUCACAUCGUGGACAAACACACGGAUAGUCUGCGUGACAGAGGCUCAUUCGGGGUCGGAACGAGCUUUUGUCAAACUUGAAACGGGAUGUAAUGGAAAGGCGGACGAGGCAAAAGCGGGAUUCCAUUUUGUGGACGUGUGGUCUUCUGUGUAUACGUGGGGAGGGGCGGAACUUGGUCUACCUACGGCCGGAGACAUCGUGGUCAUCCAAAAGGGACAGACAAUUGUGUUUGAUACAAACACGCCGGUCCUCAAAAUGCUCGUCAUACAAGGAGGAGAACUCGUAUUUGAUGAAACAGAUGUGGAACUUCAGGCAGAAAACAUAUUGAUUACGGAUGGCGGUCUGCUACAGGUUGGUACAGAAGAAGAGCCGUUCCAGCACAAAGCAAUAAUUACAUUGCAUGGUCAUCACAGAUCAAAGGAACUGCCAAUAUAUGGAACAAAAGCGAUCAUCGUCCGGGAGGGGACACUUGACCUACACGGAGCGCAUAUACCUAUCACCUGGACAAAGUUGACACAAUCCACCGCUGUUGGGGAUACACAAAUACAACUUAAAAACGAGGUCACCUGGCAGGAAGGCGAUCAGAUUAUAAUUUCAACCACAGGGGGUAUCGACUCCCAGUCUGAGACCGAGGUUUUGUCUAUAGCUUCAGUGGCUGCGGACAAUAAAAUAAUCACACUUAACAACGCUCUAACAAACCCUCAUCUCGGUAAUUAUGAACAUGAAUAUCAGUUUAGCGCGGAAGUGGCCUUGCUGACACGUAAUGUGGUUAUAAGAGGGUACAGUGACCUGCAGUGGAUAGCGGAAAUCAAAGCGUGUCCAGAUGGUUUUGAUUCAGAUUACUUCUCUACUGAAACUUGCGCCCCGGGCCGAUAUGGGGAGAAAAUGGGAGGUGGCAACUUCGGUGCUCAAGUUGUAAUUCACACAACAGACCCAACUAAGCAAUUAACCAGGAGUCGAAUUGAGUUUGUGGAGUUCUACCACGUCGGCCAGGCCUUCCGUCUUGGUCGGCAUCCAAUCAACUUCCAUAUGACUGGUGACAUGUCCAAGUCAUACGUUCGUGGAUGUGGAAUAUAUGACACGUUUAAUCGAGCUAUUAACAUUAGGGAUACACACAACCUCCUUGUUGAGAGAAAUGUGAUUUACAACGUCAAUGGUGCAGCGAUAGUUCUCGAAGAUGGAACUGAGACUGGAAAUACAUUUCAAUACAACCUUGGCGUGUACGUGAAAGGAAGUUCACAGCUAUUGAGCGCUGACAUAUCUGCAGCAACGUUUUUGAUUACAAAUCCAAACAACACAUUUCGCCAUAACGUUGCAGCCGGCGGAACACAUUUUGGAUACUGGUUUCAUUUGGAAAAUACUAUUCAUUCCCCCGUAACGGGUAGUCACAGACCGCGUUUUACCCCUCUUGCCAAAUUCAACAAUAAUACUGCUCAUUCUUUAGGAAUGUACGGAUUAUGGAUUCAUCCCAGAUAUACUCCGCGUGUUAUGUAUUCAUUCAACCCAUCAUCAUCCUACCGGAAGGCUGCAGUGAUAGAUAAUAUGCACGUGUGGAACUGUCGCAAGGGAAUUGUAGUAGAAGAAAUGGGUACCGUUAGGUCAGGAGUUUGACCGCUGUAAAUAACGUUGAAGCUGGG